GAAGUCGAGGCAACAGAUCACCACACACGCACCGAUGCAAGGCCUGAAAUUAACUUAAUUAGUAGUUUGGUCUCCGGUUGAUUCUUCCUCUCAGCAGUUUUUUUCUUUCUUUCUUUCUUUCUUUCUCUCUUUCUUUCUGUGAACUCGUCUCAGGUGUGACACACAUUCAGCAGCAGCAGCAGAGGAAGACGUCUCAGUAUGUCUGUCGGGCUGGAGUUGAUAGGCAUCUCCCUUUGCAUUUUGGGAUGGAUUAUUGCCAUUGUGGCGUGCGCCCUCCCUAUGUGGAGGGUGACGGCGUUCAUCGGCAGCAACAUCGUGACGGCUCAGAUCAUCUGGGAGGGCCUGUGGAUGACCUGCGUGGUCCAGAGCACGGGUCAGAUGCAGUGUAAGGUCUACGACUCCAUGCUCGCCCUCUCCCAAGACCUCCAAGCGGCCCGCGCCCUCACCGUCAUCUCCAUCCUGUUGGCCAUCCUGGCUGUGCUCAUUGCCAUCGCGGGGGCCAAGUGCACCAACUGCAUCGACGACGAAGCGUCCAAGGCCAAGGUGAUGAUCAUCUCCGGCGUCUUCUUCAUUGUUUCCGGUGUCAUGCAGCUCAUUCCUGUCUCCUGGUCGGCCAACACCAUCAUCAGGGAUUUCUACAACCCUUUACUCACCGAUGCUCAGCGAAGGGAGCUGGGCGCUGCACUUUACAUCGGCUGGGCAGCUGCCGCCCUCCUGAUCCUCGGUGGCGGACUGCUCUGCUGCUCCUGUCCGCCACGUGAGACCAGAUACAACCCUUCACGAAUGGCUUACUCUGCCCCGAGGUCCGCAGGAGGACCAGGGUUAGAAAGGAAAGACUAUGUAUGAACGACGGUCAAAGAAGAAAAGACUUUAUUGAAUCUCAAACCUGCUCUCCGCACCAAAACGAGGGCGAACUGAGGAACAGAGAGACUCCGCAAUGAAGAAUGUGUUUGAUUUUGCCUGUAAAUGUAACGUAUGUCUGACGUAGGCUCUUUUCAGAGACUGAAAAAGCAUUUUAUAAAGGAUGCUGGAGUGGAAAUUUCCAAUAAUCAUGUUGCAAGACAAAAAGUGAGGAUAAUCACGCUCUUUUAAAAGUCAACAUGCUAAAUGUUAUCAUCGAACAAUCAAAAACCUUUUAUACAGUCCUGAUGUUUACCACUGAUUUUUUUUUUUUUUUAUAAAAUCUGACAUGACUGCUUCAUUUGCCACCUACAUAAAUAAGGCAACACUGCCUACAAAGCAGGAAGAACUGGAUGUGUUGAACAGCACGAGAGAGUUAUGACCAGGAUUAUGUUUUAUAAACACUGUAGUAAGAGCAUCAUUAAUCACCUGCGACAGUCCAGACAGUUGAUAAACGUGUUCAGCGCAGCUUUUUAGCGCAGUGUUGUGAAGGUUGGGAUGGAGGGGAGGCUUUGAGUGCUAUAACUGCAGGACAUGUAUCUCACAAGUUGUUUGCUUUUUUUUAAAUAAACAUGACUGUUUUCUUAAGA